GGUCGGACCGAACCGAACCGCGCCUGAUUCCCCGGCGGGGCGUCGCCAGCAGGUAUAAGAGGCCGAGCAGAACCAGAGCCAGAGCACAUCGAUCCCUGAUCUCUUCCUGAACCAGAACCAGACGCUGCAGACAUGAACUUCCUGAAAAACGCGGUUGGAGGCGAUAAUUUGGGCAAAGUUGCCGGGCAGAAAGCGGGUGAGUUUGUGGAGCAAAAGGUGGAUGAGUUCAUGGGUGGAAAAAAAGGACAAGAGCAGCAGCAGAAGCCGCAGCAGCCGCAGCAGCCGCAGAAGCCGCAGAAGCCGCAGCAGCCGCAGCAGCCGCAGAAGCCGCAGCAGCCGCAGCAGCCGCAGAAGCCGCAGCAGCCGCAGCAGCCGCAGCAGCCGCAGAAGCCGCAGCAGCAGGAAGGAGAUCAAGGAUGCUUCGGUCUGGGAGACGCGCUGUGAUGGUUGGCAA